CUCGACGCGGAAGUGCGCGGAACCCGAUCGCCAGCAUGUCGCAAACACAGCAGGUGCAGCACACCGACUCGAUCAACAGCCAGAACCCGGCCCACGACGACGCGAAGAAGACCAAGAGCAAGCGGCCGCCGAACACGGCGUUCCGGCAGCAGCGACUGAAGGCAUGGCAGCCCAUCCUCACGCCCAAGACGGUGCUCCCGCUGUUCUUCGUCGUCGGCGUCAUCUUCGCGCCCAUCGGCGGCCUGCUGCUCUGGGCAAACUCGCUGGUGCAGGAGCUCUCCAUCGACUACACCAAAUGCGCCUCGUCGUCGCCCUCGGUCCGCGUCGACUUUGACGCCUCGCAGCCAAACGACCUCGAGAACAUCCCCUCCAGCCGCGUCUCGGCCACGUUCAAGACGGCCAUGACCUCGGACCCCCAGUGGGGCCACGGCUUCGAGACGUACACGUGGCCGCUGACGGGCGUCGAGCAGAACACGACCGUGUGCAUCCUGAGCUUCACCAUCCCCAACGAGAUCAAGCCGCCCAUCCUCUUCUACUACCGCCUCACAAACUUCUACCAGAACCACCGUCGCUACGUCAAGUCGGUCGACAUCCAGCAGCUCAAGGGCACCGCACGCACAAACUCCGACCUCAACGACGGCGACUGCGAUCCCCUCGCCCUCGCCCCCGAUGGCCGUCCCUACUACCCGUGCGGCCUCAUCGCAAACUCCAUGUUCAACGACACCUUUGGCAACCUGACUGUUGCAAACCCCCAGCAGAACGGGGACCAGGACUCGGCCAAGUUCUACAACAUGACCGCCGCCGGCAUCUCCUGGAGUCACGAGGGGGACCUGUACAAGAAGUCGGCCUACAAGCCCGCCGACGUUGUGCCCCCGCCCAAUUGGCAGAGCCAGUACCCCGACGAUGGCUACAACACUGUCGGUCUUCCCGACCUGCACACAUGGGAGGCCUUCCAAGUCUGGAUGAGGACUGCCGGCCUGCCCACCUUUAGCAAAUUGGCCCAACGGAACGACGAUACGCCCCUGACCAUUGGCACCUACCGCUUGAAGAUCUACGACCGUUUUGAGGUCGAGCAGUACAGCGGCACAAAGUCGAUUCUGAUCUCUACCCGCACUGUCAUGGGCGGCAAGAACCCCUUCCUCGGCAUCGCAUACGUCGUCGUUGGCGGUGUCUGUAUCCUGCUGGGUGCUGGGUUUCUCGCCACCCAUCUCAUCAAGCCAAGAAAACUCGGUGAUCACACCUACCUCACUUGGAACAACGACCAACCCAGCACGGCAACAACCACUGGUCGCAAUGUUGGUGGUGCAUAAACGAAACUCGCAGGAUAUUGCUCUAUAUAAUUGAGGCGUUGAUUUUGCUUCCUUGCUUCGGUUCUUUGCGCUUAGAUCAUGAUUAUAGCCUUACACUUGAUAUUGUACGUUUAUCAUGUGGUGUGGCUGGUGAGGAGU